AUGGUUCGUAGACAACGUGAACAGAGUACCACAGAGGAUGAAAUCGUCAUUGAUACACCACCGCCGAAAAAACAUAAACGACAUAAGCAUAAGAAGCAUAAAAAGAGGAAAAUAGAAAAUGAAUACGAUAGCGAGUCGUCUAUUGAUGUAUCGUAUGAAGACGCGAUGGACAAAUCCUUUAAGAUGAAGGCAAAGGGACGUGAAUUACCAGGCACCUCCGCUGCAGAUCUAUUAAAAGCCCAAACGAUGAAGUCAUCAUCUGACUCCCGAAGGUCGAUACCUGGUUCAUCCUCCAGCACUCCGCCUAAAGCGUCAUCAUCAAAGAAAAAGAAAAAAGGAAGAGAUAGUGGUACAUCUAGUGAAGAGGAACGAUGGCUUGAUGCUAUCAAAUCGGGCAAAUUAGAAGAGGUUGAUGAAGAGCUAAAAAAAAUAAAACCGAAAGAUCCAAAAAUGAUGACUGCUAGACAAAGGGCUAUGUAUGAGAGGGGAACAGAUAAAGAGACAAGCCCUGGCGGAGAAGUGUUACUUGCAUUACCUUCAGGGUAUAAAGAAAAAGUUAUGACAGAAGAGGCAAUACAAAAAGCUGCAUUAAAAUCGCAGAAAAGGAAACAAUUAGCAGAUGAGAAGCGUGAAAAAGAUAAAAAGAAAACUAUGGAUAGGUUACUGAAAAAACAAGAAUCAAAGAAUUUAAAAAAUAUAAAUAAAGGUAGACCUACAAAAAAACUAGAACCAAUGAUAGUUUACAAAAACAGUAAUAAUGAAAUAUCUUUAUCACUGCCUCCUGGCAUACCUUUUCCUAUAGAGAGAAAGUCUCCUAUAGAUCCACCAAAACCUGUUAUUUGUGGUGUAGAUGGAUGUGCCAACAUGAAGAAAUACAACUGUUCAAGAACAGGAAUUCCUCUGUGCAGUUUAGAAUGUUAUAAAAAAAACCUUGUGUUAACUCAAUAA